AUGGGCACCCAGCCACACGCUGUGACCAAGACAGAGAUCCCUGACCAUGUUCUUUACACUGUAGGAACGUGCGUGCUCAUUAUUGGCUCCGUUGGCAUCAUUGGAAACUUCCUAGUGCUCUACGCGUUUUACAGCAACAAGAAGCUGAGGACACCCCAAAACUACUUUAUAAUGAAUUUGGCUGUGAGUGACUUCCUGAUGUCGGCUUCUCAGGCACCCAUGUGCUUUGUCAACAGCUUGCACAGAGAGUGGAUUCUUGGAGAUAUAGGCUGUGAGUUGUACGCUUUCUGUGGGGCGCUCUUUGGAAUAACCUCAAUGAUGACUUUAUUAGCUAUUUCUGUUGACCGCUACUUUGUGAUCACUAAGCCCCUGCGAUCCAUACAGUGGACUUCAAAGAAACGCACCCUGCAGAUCAUCGCUGUCGUGUGGCUGUACUCGCUGGGAUGGAGUGUGGCUCCGCUCUUCGGGUGGAGUUCCUAUGUGCCUGAGGGCUUGAUGAUAUCCUGUACAUGGGACUAUGUAACCUACUCCCCUGCAAACAGAAGUUACACCAUGAUUUUAUGUUGCUGCGUGUUUUUUAUUCCCCUGAUAAUAAUAUUCCAUUGCUAUUUAUUUAUGUUCCUGGCCAUAAGACGUACUGGCAGAGAUGUUCAAAAGCUAGGGUCCUGCAGCCGGAAAUCCUACCUCUCUCAGUCCAUGAAGAAUGAAUGGAAACUGGCAAAAAUUGCUUUUGUGGUCAUCGUUGUGUUUGUCUUGUCCUGGUCUCCAUAUGCUUGUGUCACCUUGAUUGCCUGGGCAGGUCGAGGCAACACCCUAACACCAUAUUCCAAAACUGUGCCAGCAGUUAUUGCCAAAGCUUCUGCAAUCUACAACCCCAUCAUAUAUGCAAUAAUUCACCCAAGAUACAGAAAAGCCAUCCACAAUGCUGUUCCCUGCUUGAGGUUCCUAAUACGAAUAUCGAAGAAUGACCUCCUGAGAGGCUCCAUAAAUGAAUCAUCGUUCAGGACCUCUCUCUCCAGCCACCAGUCUCUUGUUGGCAGGACCAGGAGCAAUUGUGUUUCAUCAGUUUCCACUGGAGAAGCUACCGCUGAUUACACAAUGAUGCAUGAAAGUAUCAACUGUGAUGAUUUCAUAAACUGUAAAAUACCAAGAUUAUCCUUGCAAUAUGAGACCUGGAGCGAUGUAGAGCUGGACCCUGUAGAGUCAGCUCAUAAGAAACUGCAGCCUCGACGAAGUCAUUCUUUCUCAACAAGUGUGAGACAGGAGAAGAGAGACCUGCUCCCAAAGACCUGCAGCUGCGAUGCAGCAGCUGCAGAAAAGGUUUCACUCUCCUCCAGCUGUUUGGAGAAGGUGCUUGGGCAGUCAGUCCUACGCAGUUCCCCUGCAACACUCGUGACCAGCUCCCUAAAAGCAGCUUCUCUGCCUGUUUGUUUGAAUAGCAGCAGUGUUGGCAGAGGACAAGACUUGGACACUUCACAGAUGGCAACUCAAGAAAGUCAGGUUAAUGGAGUCCUGGGCUCUAUCAUUAGCAAUACAGUCCCUCGCAUCGUCAUCAUUCCUACCUCAGAGACCAACCUAUUUCGAGAGGAACUGGAAGAGGAAGAGACUGAAUUAUUCCACUUUCAUGACAAAAAGGGCAAUCUGCUGGACUUGGAAGGGCUUAGCUCAUCCACGGAAUUCCUUGAAGCUGUUGAGAAAUUUCUAUCGUAA